AUGGCGGAGGAGGCGGCGGCUCCCCCCGGGCCGGGCUGUCCGGAGCCGGCUCCGGUGCAGCGGCGGAACCUGCUGGAGCUGCGGGGCGGUACCAUGGAGGGCCGGGCCCCGCUGCACAGGAUCCUGGUGCUGGCACGGAUGGGUCAGGGAGCGGAGGCGGAGGAGGUCGCAGGUUAUCACAGAGAGCUGCUUGAAGACGCCUUAGAGGACCAUGGAGGAGAACCAGUCUCAGGCCUGCUGCUUCUCUACCCCAGCCGUGUGUUUCAUGUAGUGGAGGGCUGCAGCAGCACAAUCCAUGUCAUCAUCCGAGAGUUAGCAUCCCUCCAAAGUCAAGGCCCGAGUGCUUUACUCCAGGAUAUUAAGGUUUUAGUGGUGGCAUAUGCCAUCCCCACCAGACUGUUCCCAGACUGGGUAGUGGCAAUAGCGACGUCUCCUGUGACGUGGCCAUCAAGGACCAUCCAGUCACAGUCGACAGCAGAGGUGGUUGCAGAGUGCCUUACCCUCGGGCUCAAGCUGGCAGCCUCCAUCCAGAGCUUUGAGGAGGACAGCGAGGAUGCGACUGACAGCAUACCCACUGUUGAACGGGAGCUGCUGAUCCCAGCAGAGACAAUUAACUACUUGUGUAAAGCUGAGGAGUGUACCAGUCCUGAGGAGUUUCUGAGAACUUACUUAAGUCCUUCACAACCCACCCUGGACUCAGAAGCAGUGUGGCCUGUUCCAUCUUAUCCCUCCACGUGA